GCCCCCGUCAAGGGUACAGCAUCAUGUUGUGCUGGGAGGAUUUUCCUGCGCGGCUCUCUGAAUGGCUCCAUCACCGGCUUAGAUUGUGGUACAGGCAUGGAUAACUUCGAGUACAGCAUCCAGCUGAACGACAGGGACUGGGCUGAGUUCUUCUUGGUGUCAGAGGAAUGCAACCUAGCACCGGCCACCCUGGCCACAGCCGAGGAGCAGUGUCUCAGUGACAUUGAACAAGGGGACGGCGUGCUGGGGAGGGACUGCCACGCCAGCACAAACGGGCAGAUCGCAGCGAGGGUGGGCAGCAGGCCAGGGCCUGGCACGGGAAGCUCUGCCCCACGUGGGGUGCCCGGAGACGCCUCCCUGCGCUGGCCCGCCGGCGGGCACCUCUCCCUGCCGGAGCUUCUCUCGGGCAGCGAGGACGAAGCGGACCUGGGCUCGGUCGGCAGGUUUCUGUGCGAGAGCAACAAGCCCGGCUGCCCUUCACCCGCUCCAAUGCCCAGCGCUCAGGGGAGGCAGUCCCCCUGUCCCCCCGCAGCUGCCCUUGCCAGCCCAGCUGGCGGCACAGCCGAGAGCAGCCCAGGGCAGGACACAGCAUGUGAAGCAGCAGCACCGCAGCUGGCAUCGGCGUCGGAGAAAGGAGCAGCCAGCGGCAGUCAGGCCAUGGAGCCUCCCAGCCACCCAACUGGAGCAAGCACCCCUGAACAGGGAGGGGACACAAGAGGGGAACAGCCCCAUGGCAGUCCGGUGGCGGCGCAGCCGGGGGCUCCGGUGCAGGGCAGCUCGCCGGUGCUGGCUGCCUCCCCCAAGGGUUCGGCAAGGAAAAGUCCUAGCAUCGCUUCCCGCUCGGAGCCUGGGCUACGGGGACCCCUGCGUGACCACCCCCCGGGCCGAGCCCUGGAGACUGCGCCCAGAGCACCCGGCUGCCCGGCGCAGGAGGAGGCGAGUGGGGAGAGAGCGGGUGCUGAGCCGAGCUCCCCGGCUGGCUCCCCGGACGUUGUGAGGCCCAAGGUGCCGGGACAGCUGAGAAAGAGCCGCAAGCAACGUGGAGCCAGUGCCGUCGAGGCAGCCCAGGGGGACAGGGAGCCUGCGGGGGCUGCAGCACAGGGGACUGUGGUACCCGUGAAAGCACCUUUAAGCUCACCGCUAUCCUCACGAAAGAACAAAGGGAAGGAGAAGGCAGCCAAGCCAGCUCCUGUGAAGCUGGGGAGCGAGGAGGCAGGGGAGAGCAAACGGUCGGUGCCCGGCCCUGGCACAGAUGAGGGCGAUCCAGCCGUGAGCACUCCACCGAAGCAGAAGGUGAAGGAGUUGGGGGCACAGCCCCUGGGGAAGGCGAAGGCCACCAAGCAUUCAAAGCCAGGGCAGGCUGGUGACUUGGGCGUACCUGACAAUGUGCUGGUGAUCCCUGCCAGUGGAGCCACGGCUCCUUCAGGAGAGGCAUGCCAGGAGAUGCCGGGGAAGCCUCUCCAUCUCAAGAGUGUGGCAGCUUUUGGAGGGGAUGCUGCUGAGGGAGCUCAUGGGGAGCCUGCAGCUGAGACCCCCACGGAGCUGGGCCCCCCUUGCUUUGCAGCCGGGGCCUCUGCAAGGGCAGACACCCUGGACGUGACUUGGCCCGAGAUGUACGACUAUUUGUUCUGUGACUCCCAAGGGGAAGAAGAAGGAAUGGGGAACUCAAUGGAGGGAGAGAAAACACCCUUGGAAAGGGAAAUAUCCUUGCCUGAACUGUAUGAAUAUUUUUUCAAUGAACCAGAAGGAAACAGGAAAAAAGUCAAGGGUAAAGACAGGAAGCGGAAGAAGUUCAGUAGCUUGGACCACGCUCAGCUGCAAAAUGAGGGUCCCAACUCAGCUCCAGUGAAAGACUCCCUGGUUAUCUCGGUCCCUGAGGUGUAUGAACACUUCUUUCCAGAUGGGCCUGGGAACAGGGCAGGCUGGAGAGGGAUUUUCUCAAUCACUCCAGCCUCCGAGAUGAAGAAAGCUGUGGGGGCUUUGAAGUCCCUCCUGCAAAGGCCAAUGCAUCUCAUCAGAGGCCAAGUCCCAGCCCCCCAGGCUCUCGUGCGGAGAGGAUCUAGAGAGAAGCUCCCCCUCAUCCCGCUGGCUCCACUGGGAAGAGGCCAGGCACGGCCAGAAGGUUUGGAUAUGGCCCUUGCACUGACAGGGAGGCCCGAGGCUCCGCUGGCGCUGACCCACAAAGACAUGUGCCUCGUCUUCUGUGCCUUUGCGUCCUGGGCAGUGAAGACCUCCGACCUGCAGGCUCCAGAUGCCUGGAAGACCAUGUUCCUGGCAAGUUUUGGCACGCUUUCUGCCAUCCGCUACUUCCGAAGGCAGGUCAGAGAAGGACACCCCCGGACCUAGGCUCAGCGCACACCAGAGGUGCUUCCUGAGGACAGGCGAGGAUGGUGGAGGCAGAGGCCAGGGACUUUGUUCUUGGGCAGUGUGAGAAGCCUGGAUCCCAGCACCAAGACUUCUCUGGACCCAUCCCUAAACAGGACAGGAUGUCACAGGAAGCAGGAUCCUUCCACUGACAGUCAUUUACAAUACGGUAGGCAGUUUUUACCUGUACUGGACAGAAGAGGAGCCUGGCGUGGGCUGGCUCUGUUCUUUCUUUGCACACUUCUUGCAUACUUGUGCUAUCUCCUAGGAGUAGUCACAGCAUCUGUUCCAGGGCGCUGCUUGUCCGUCCUCCUUCCUGAAGUCACCUGGGGGCAAAGGAAGGCACUGAGGUAGUGGAGGGAGGAGAGAGCAAAAGAAACCAGGAAAGUGCUUCGUUCCUAUGAAAGGGUUGGGGUAUCUGUGAAGGAAGAGAGGAGAGCACUUUGGGGAAGAGCUGCCUCUGUCCAAACAUGGUGCUAAGCAUGUGCUGGCUGUGCACGGCUAGCUGGGCAGCAGCUAAAGGGGGAUGGAGGGGCCACUUGCUUGGCAAGGCCCAGGUCUCCCAUGACCGGUUUGGCUCACUGCAGGAGGACUCAUCCUCUUGGAUUUCACUCCAAGAAGUCAGAGCUCGGUCUAACAGUUCAGGAGGCUGAGAUAGGGUUUCUGUUGCAUGUGGCCGCCUCAGCCCUGCUGAGCCAUAGCUGUGGAUGCUGUGUCUGUCCCUGCGGGUGAGGAGCACCCACUGCAAGGACACAUCACCCGUAAGCAGAGGACAGGCAGGUGUCACGCAGCCAGAGCCAGAGGAAGAGGCAGCCGGGAAGGGCCCUGCAGGAGGCUGCGCGGGACGGAAAGGGGCUGCAGGGGCAGCAGGGAAAGGGGCUGAGCUCAGGGAAGAGCCCUGAUGAGGACAGGAGCAUGUUGGAGAGGAGGAAAAGGCACGUAUACACGUUUGGCUGUGACAAUCACCAGAUGACUGGUCUAGAUAUAUCACUUGGUCCCUCCGCUGUCUCCCAUCCUAGGGACAUAAAGUUGGCUGGGAGGAGAUGGCGGGUGAGGAGGUGCCGUGGCUGAGUGUGUGACCUUGUGGGGCUGGAGAGGGCUGGAGGGGACCCAGAACAGAAGGGGGGGGGGGAAAUGAAAAGGAAGUGGUUCGGUUUCUUCCCUGUCUCUGGUGCCUUCCUGAUCACUCAAGGGCAUUAUUCAUGAGGGUUUUUCUUCACUCCCAAGUCUGAUAACAGCACGAAUGUGAGAUUUGUUAAGCACUUAGGGACCAGAUCCACAAAGGUACUGGGGGAAAUCUGCCCAGAAUACCUGUGCGGAUCUGCCUAUGAGCUUUAUAGGAACAGUCUGUGGCACUGUUUGUCUUAUGAAACCAGAGGGGUUUAGCUCUUUCCUUGUAAUGCAGAGUGCCAUGCAAUUUUAAUGUGUGUAGGGUUGUACUGAAGACCAUGUAUUAUUGCUGAUAAGAGAGCACACUGUACAAUUGUACGGUGAGAUAUGUAGCAGUAAAUAGCGAGAGAGAGAUGUACAGGCUCUAUAUGGACUAUAGUAGCUGUAUAUCCAGUAAAAGGAGUUUUGUGGAGGAGGAGAACAGAUAAAAUAUGCUGGAAGCUUCUAAUAAAGAUCUAUCUCAUUUAA